UCAGGCAGGCAAACGUUUCUCUCCUGACUGGCGGAGUCACUGGCAGCGAUACCAGCCCCCACCUCUUUCUCAAAACCUCCUCCGUUUGCAACCCAACCAGGACAACCCAUUUUCCAUGUUGCAGCUUCAGUCUUGUCCCGAGCUGGAGUAUUGCAGCGGAACAAGAGAGGCAAAAGGAGUUUGAACAAAUGGGAGCAACAACAACAGCAGCUGGCAGAAGGGGUCGGUCUUCAGCAAGAAGGGAAUGAAGUUUGACUCUGGAUCGGAUCGCUGAUAGCCCCUUUGCUCGGUGUUUAUAUCUGCUGCUGGAUUGAGGAUUGAACAGGUUCCCCCUCCUGUUCCCUGGACCAUGGCGAAAAGUGCCGAAGUGAAACUCGCUGUCUUCGGGAGAGCUGGCGUGGGCAAGUCAGCUAUCGUAGUCAGGUUUCUGACCAAGAGGUUCAUCUGGGAAUAUGACCCCACACUGGAGUCAACCUAUCGCCACCAAGCCACCAUUGAUGAUGAAGCAGUUUCUAUGGAAAUUUUAGAUACAGCUGGCCAGGAGGAUGCUCUACAGAGGGAAAGUCACAUGCGCUGGGCGGAGGGUUUUGUCUUGGUUUAUGACAUCACUGACAGAAUUAGCUUCGAGGAAGUGAUUUCGCUGAAGAACUUCCUGGAUGAAAUCAAAAAGCCAAAAAACGUGACACUGAUCCUGGUGGGUAACAAAGCUGACCUGGACCACUCCAGGCAGGUAACCACUGAGGAAGGGGAGAAAAUGGCUACUGAAAUGGCCUGUGCUUUUUACGAGUGUUCAGCCUGCACCGGAGAGGGCAACAUCAACGAAGCAUUCUAUGAACUGUGCAGAGAGGUGAGACGGCGUAAAAUGAUCCAAGGCAAGACAAGGCGGAGAAGUUCUACCACCCACGUCAAGCAAGCCAUCAACAAAAUGCUGACCAAGAUCAGUAGCUAAAUAUUUGUGGGGAGGAGGUAAUUAGAAACUGAAAACAAAACAAAAAAAAGUAGAAUAAUGCCACACAAAAUAGUAAAUAAUCAGUUAAGGGUGUUAGCUUUCCAACUCCAUGUAGCUUCCAAUCUGUCAAAUGGACAAACCCCAGCAGUUACCUGACAGAUACUAAUGGUGUCCUAUAGCGUUAGGUACUACACUUAAGAGUGUGCACCAGGCUGAUAACUCACUGUGCAAAGGUCAGUAAGACUAAUUUUUAAAUCCUUCUUUGCCCAAAUACUUAACUAAUUUUAGUUUGAAAUGGGUUAAAGUGUGAAAGAAUAAGGGCUUAGGGGUUUUAAUUCUUCGGACCAGUAUUCUAAUUUUUAAGUUUCAGAAAAGAAUCAGUUCCAUUUGAAGUCAGUGUUUGAGCAAGUUAUAGCAAACAGGAUACUGGCCUGCAGCUAAUAAUCUGAAUUGUCAGGUAGGAUCUUCAGAGCCCUGCCACAGUGAAUAGUUAAGGUAGUGAACAGACCCAGAACCACUUGGGCUGAGUUAGCUGAUCUCAGCUUGGUGCAAAGUAGACUCGGUGUAGUUGACCUCAGCACCCCCGGGGUUAGGGUGGAGAAAACAUUGGCUCCCACUCCCAAUGGUCAUCCAGCAGUUGAUGCUGGAAGUGCUCAUGUUUGCACAUGUAGAAGAUAGGCUUGGAUUUGCCUGUGAAGACCCCUUCAUUGUCGAACCAACUGCCUCCAACUCAUUGUUCUAGAUAUGAGUAGUAAUGGUUGGGUAACAUUAUGAGGAGGCACGACCUCUCAUGGAUCAGUACCUUCAUUCCCCCAACAAAGAGUUAACAUCAUCAGAGCAGGGUAUGAUGUGACAAAAAAAAAUUGAGCGUGCGUUGUUACCGCUAUAUGUUUGAAAAUACAAUAGAUAUCUAAAUUGUAAAUAUAUAUAAAUAACUAUAUCUAAAUAAAUAUGCUCUUUUAAAAUAUCCAAGUUAAAUUGGAUCUAUUUGAAAACUAUGCAGUUGGAACCCAUUGUACCGUUGACUAUUUGUCAUUGAGAUUGUUGAUGGAUACAAUCGAUGCUGUGCUUGGAAAAGCUGUUGGUCCCUUUCAUUGAGGUUGUCUUUUUAAUAUUAAACCCAAGGUUGGCUAUCUCCUGUUGAUUGUUUACACAACACUUUGUACAAUUUACAGUAGGUUGUCAUUUUUGGGGACUGUAAAUGGUUAAUUAAUGUUGUGAUUUGUCAAGCUAUUAAUUAAAUUCAUUAGAUCUGUUAAUCAGUUACUAAAGUAUCAAACAGCCUUUUGAAAUUUAGAGAGGUUUCUAUGUUCUGUAUAAGUUUUCAAUUUUAGAUUUUCCCCCGAAAAGGAAAUAAUUUGCUUGUUCUUUUUUAAAUUAAUGAUCUCUCAAUUUAUCCUGUAAUUUGUUUUUAAAAGGACCAGCAUAGUUCUAUAUAAUACAAGAAUAAUUUACUCAUUAAAUGCUAGAAAUUGCAAAAUGAAUGCAUUCAAAGUUGAGAGACACUUUUUUGUUAAUCCCUGAAAUAUUUGAGAUGUUUUUGUAAUGGGACUGAUUUAUCUUCCUGUAGGUAAAGCCUUCAACUAUACAAUUUAUCGAUGAUUUCCAGAGUAUGUUGAAAAACUAAGCAAAUGUACUGAAGAGAUCUCCUCAUAUAAUUGCUUGCUGUUGUAACUUGCUUUUCCAUGUAAAAUAAAUCCUGAAAUAUUUGUUA